AUGCUUGUAAGAAGUUCGUCGUCCCGACGCAGGAGGGCGUCGCGGAGCGUCGCAAACUCUCCUCAAGGCAAUACUGGAAUUACUCCUGGGGCGGCUGGAUUGAAGUCGCGAAGAGCCUCCGUAGCGACUGAUAGACCAUCCCAUCUAGCUCAGAAUAGUAUUCCUGGUGAAGGAAUGGACAGACAACGAUCACCAAGAGGAAGCAUAGUACCGAAUAUUGCAUUGAACGUUGAAGAUAAUGAAGAACCAACUGGUAGAAGAUUUCUCCCAGACCCGGAGCUGUGUGUAUCGACACGAGGCUUACUUCCGGAUUCUAACCGAAGCCCGAGGAAUUCUCUCGUUCCCGAAGAAUAUUGUAGAAGUCCUCGAGGUUCCUUAGUUCCCGAUGUUGCCCGAAGUCCCAGGAAUAGUUUGCUACCAGACGGCUCGCGGAGUCCAAGGCAUUCACUCAUGCCGGAUGGAGCACAAAGUCCUCGAAAUCCAUAUGGUCCAGACGGAUCCUUUAACCGAAGUCCUCGGGGCAGUCUGGUGCCAGGAGCAGUAACAGGAGUGUCAAGAAAUAGUCUCAUGCCUGAAAAUAGGGACAUUAGGAGCUCGCGGCACUCCCUAGUACCAGAGACCUCGAGAAGUCCACGCGGUAGCAUCGCGAAUAUCGAAUUCGAUAGGACACCCAGAGGCUCCAUAUGUCCAGACAUGUCGAGAUCACCGAGAGGCAGCAUUGUCCCACCCAUUGACCUGGAUAGAACACCACGAGGAUCGAUAUGUCCUGAUAUAUCUUCGAAUAGGUCACCAAGAGGAUCCAUUUCUUCGGAGUAUCAUAAUCCAAGUCCAAGGGGUUCUAUUAUGCCCGAGCCUAAUAAAUCUCCCCGCGGUUCAAUCGCUCCUGAUCCGAAUCGCUCACCGAGAGGAUCUAUAUGUCCAGAGGGUGGACGUAGCCCACGAGGCUCAAUUGCGCCUUUCGAAGGUGUCAAUAGAUCGCCCAGAGGAUCCAUAGGUGUCCCAGAUUUUGAUAGAAAUCCUCGGGGGUCCAUUGGAGAACAGGAAGGCAUCAAUCGUAGUCCAAGGGGUAGCAUUGGUCCUGAUAUUGAUCGGAGUCCUAGGGGCAGUCUCGGAGGGUACGAGAAGCGCCAUCAUCGAGGAAACAAUCUUGCACCUCAAGAACCCAGGAGAGCCUCCGCUGAUCAAGGAUUAGCAACCAAUCGCAGUAGCUCUCCGUAUCGCCAGAGGGAUGGAAAUUCGAGUAGUGUGAGAUCUGGUGGAAAUCAGAAUGCUCAGGCCAACCUUGGAUACGGGACGAAUGCAUGGGCAGAAUCUAGACGAGCCAGUAGUUCGGUGUCCCAGUUUUCAGGUGACGAGUCUCGGAGAUUAUGUAUGAGGAGUGUAGCGUCGACCGAAAAAGGAGCAUGUAGUACUAGUCUGGGAGUUGCCACAUAUGGUUCACUCGUCUUUCAACUGAAGGAAUCCCACAGGGAGGCGAAUGGGACCUGUGACUUUGUGUUGAAGGCCAUGAGGGUAGUCAGCAAAACGAUGGUGGUGACAAUUUGCCUCGUGUGUCUCUCCACGGUGCCUCUCCUGAUGCUCAUUAUGGGUUUGCAAUACAUAAAGGACUGUCCAAAGGAGCCACACAUACCAGUCUAUAUGAUAGUAGGAGGCACACUGGGUAGUGUAAGGAUGUUCUGGGCGUUAUACUCUCAGAUACGCUCUCGACGUCUUGAGAACACCAUCACACCCCACGAGAACUCCAAUAUAUCACCGAUGCAAUUGGUUUCCAUAACUCUCACGGUCUUCCUAAGCGGCUGGUUCGCAUUAGGUAAUUAUUGGAUUCUGAGGAUCAAAUGGCCGGAGUAUACAUCGACCAUGUUCGAGCCAGAUCGGUGGUGUCACAAAACACUAUAUGUGUUUGCAAUCGUUCAUCUGGGAAUCGUAUACGCUGCUAUUGGAAUGUCUAUCGUCACUGCUAUAGGAUUAGCCAUUUGCAGAGUGCUUGCCUGUCCUUGGUUUGAAAGAUACAAAUAACCACGGCGAUCUACUCGUCUGAAGGAAUAUCUUGGUGAACAUAUUACAACUGGGGGCUCUGCAAGGCGCCAAAAGCGGGUGUCUCUGGACAGCAAAAUUCUCGAAGAAGUCAACGAAGAUGAUGAA